CCUCGACUAUUUCUCUCUCGCAUGCAGGUUCAUGCAGCCAGCGCCUUCCUUUCGCCUUACCAACUUGGUGGACGACUUGCAGUACACGGCCUGGCUCAGCUUCACAGAUGCCAUUGGGGGCACAUGCGUUGGCCAGUACGCCCACCCGGAGUCACCGCAUCCGGGUUCGUCGUGGAACGGCCGGGUGCUGUCGUUCUCUCAGCUGAAGCUUUACACCUACGACGGCUUCAGCUCGACAGCCCUUCCGAUCACCCUGGAAUGCUACAAGCGUUACCGUGUCCAAGUGAACCUUGGAGUUGUGGACAACAGCGGACACAUCCUCAGCGCGUCGGUUGUCCGCCAAACUGUCGGUGGUGACUUUGUUGCUGUCACGCAGUUUCAAAAGAAAUAUAGUCUUCCGGGUCCAAGCAACAAGGGGUUCAAGACCAAAGCCUCUUAAUUUAAUGUUAUAUGUAUUUUGCACUCUUUUCACAACAUUGAAUUUCAUUGUUUCCGUAAUAACACCAAUAAAACAUAUUUCAUC